AUGAGCGAGGACCAAGCGAGGCGAACCAUCCGAUCGAUUCCCGAACUGAAGCGCGAAUCUUCACGUGAAGUUUUGGCUGCUGUAGGACUUCUAGCCGCGCUCGACAUUGACGACCGUCCCUCCUUUGCGAUCCGCAUACAGUCACCACCGAGCCAGCCAUCCGACGCCGACGAGUGCAUCGACCUGGUAUAUUGCAAUGCUGCUUUCACCAGCAACGAAGGCUUGUUGGCCAGAGUGUCCGGACAGCUAGACGCAGCAAGCAUAUUCGCGGAACAUGGACAGCCGCAACAGGCUUUCCGCAAGUGGCUGCGGGGUACAUCAGACGAGAACGACUUCUGUCGACGGGGAAAUGCAUACAUGUUUGAUGGUCUGAUCUGGACAGCGAUAACCAUCAAGGACCACAAGAUUACCUUGAAGCUCAACGACAAGGAUGUUCCUUUCGCGCUCCUCUACGCAGCGGAUGAUCAACACGCGCGGAGCACGCGAUUGCGCCAUUACGCAUCAACAUCCAGCAAGGAGCGCAUAUCCCUUUCAGCCAUACCUGACGCAAGCGAUCAAAUCGAAGAAGGCCCACAGUUUGUUGGAUUUCGAUCAAACUCGAGUUAUCUGAAGAUGAGCGAAGAUGCAUUGUUUGGAAAGGAUUUGGUCGAGGGCUUUUUGAUUCUAGGAAUCAAUCCUCGAAGACCCUUUGACGAAGAAUACAAGAAAUUCGUGCAGGUCAUGCUCCGCCUUUUAGCGACUUCCUUGGCCUCGGUCGUAUUGUUCGAUGAGGAGGUUCGUGAGAACGAAACAGCGAUCGGACGCGCUGCCGAAAUGCAGGAACAACUUCUCGCCGAACUUCAAAUGAAAGAAAAACGAUUCCAAAGAUUUGCAGAGAGGGCAGAUAUUGCAAUCUUCAUCAUGGACUCUGUUGGUAAAUAUACCUAUCGCAAUCAACGCUGGUACGACAUGUUCGAGGUGGCUACAGACGACAGUGACGCCAUGGGAGCAUGGCUCAACAUCGCAUUUCCAGAGGAUAUCGCAAAAUGUGAAGCCAUAUUUGGAAAGCUGGUAAUGCACAAAGAAGCAGUCUCAUUCGAACUCAAAACGAAAAUGCCAUGGGUACCGCCCCCGGAUCUUCUUCAGCCCAAGUCUGAAACCACGGAGCAUCAUCGUUGGAUUCUUUGCUCUGCGUAUCCGGAGUUGGACAGCAGGGGAGAACUUGUAGAGAUUGUUGGCAACGUAACGGACAUCUCCAAACAGAAAUGGGCAGAAGACAUGCAGAAGAUCAGGACCGACGUUGCACUGGAAUCCAAACAGCACCUGGAGCAUUUCAUUGAUACAACUUCACACGAGAUGCGCAAUCCACUGUCUGCAAUUAUGCAGAGCGCCGACGGGAUUCUUGCAUCUUACGCGGCCGAGGCUGACGUCCCACCAUCGCCAUAUGCUUGGUCCGUAUUUCUGGAGCAGACCUUAGAUGCAGCUCAGACGAUAGCACAAUGCGCCCAGCAUAUGCGGCACAUUGUUGAUGAUAUCCUUACAAUCUCGAAAUUGGACUCAGGCUUGCUAGUCAUAACCCCCGUUGAUUCUCGACCGGAGAGUCUCUUGAAGCACGCUGUCAAGAUGUUUGACGCUGAGGCAAAGGCUGCGCGUGUGGAGCUGUCUUAUACCGUCGAUCAAUCAUAUCGCGAAAUGGACUUAAAUUGGGUGUCGUUGGACCCCACACGACUUCUACAGGUAAGCGGAAGACUUCUCUGUCACUUAGAUUGCAGGAUGGGAGCACAUUUAGUCACCAAGUCCAUACGCAGCUCGCUUUCACAGUUUCUAUUACGCUUUUGA